ACGGCGGGAAUAGUGUGUGCGUUGUUUUUUCAACGUGACUUUGAAGGGAGCGAGGUGUGGAGGAGUGAGUUUUAGGCAGUGAUGGAGUGAGAGAGUGAGAUUAGCGCCUCUGAGUGCUUCAGUCAGGAGCCCGGUAUGCUUAACUGCCCUGCAUUUAGUCCUCAGCAGUGGCCGGUUAUUCUGCUUUAUCUGAUAUCCUGUGAUGUUAGCAUGCUAGCUAGCUCAUUAGCCUGCCAUAGCUAACUAACUGAAACACCCGUGCUGCCCUGUCCUGAGGAGUGGAGUACUGCCCUGUACUGAGGAGUGCUGUGGAGUGGAUUAUCCCUGUGCUGUGAAGUGCUGCCCUGUGCUGUGAAGUGCUGCCCUGUCCUGAGGAGUGUAGUGGAGUAUUUCCCUGUGCUGUGGAGCGCUGCCCUGUGCUGUGGAGUGGAGUUUUGCCCAUGACGUUCCUCAGGUUGCAGGUUGUGGGGGUCCUGAGGAGGUGCUGCGGCCGCCCCUCAUCUUCAGCAGCUCUAAAAUGUCAUUAUUCUGGUUUGCCCACAUCCAGCUUCAUCUCCACUCCAUCCUCAGCACUUACUUCCAGCCGUGCUCUGAGCACCACCUGGAUCCUGAGGAAAGAUGUCCCUCAGCCCAAAGAUGAGGAAGCAAGACCCAAGCUGGACCUGGAUGUGUGGAAGUCAAUGAUGCGCACAGUGGCUCUGCAGGAAGAUAGGGUCAAGACCAAGGAUAAAGUUGAGGACGAAGAUAAAGAAGAAACCUCCACUGAUGAGAGCAAGGAGGUGGAAGGAAAGCUUUCUCCCUUGGAAGCGACUCGCAUGCUGGUGGACGCGUGGCGCCUGGCCGGUAGGUUGGUUCCUGACAGCCUCACAGACGAGCAGAUGGAAGCGCUGUCCAAGUUGACCACCAAGUCAUCCAAGAGGAAGUUCCUCAAGCACUUGUCCAUCAAGGAGGGAUACAAGAAGGCCAAAAUGGAGAAGAAGGAGAAAAAGAUGGCAGAGAGAAUGGAGAGGGCAGACCGUGAAGGGGUCGAUGUCGACAGCAAAGCUGAUGUCAAGUUAAAAAAUACCUUCCUGAUGAAGUUCUGGUCUCGAUCCUUGGAUACACUCCUAUUUUGGAGAUCGGCGCAGGCCAUGCAGUACGGUCAGCCACUGGUCUUUGACAUGAGCUAUGACCAGCACAUGUCCAGUCACGACGCGAAGAACACCGUCUCCCAGCUUUUACAGUGUGAAGGCUGGAACCGACGAUCUGUGGACCCCUUCCACCUGCACUUCUGCAACCUGCAGCCCAACAGCGUCUACCAUCAGGAGCUUCUCAAGCGCUAUGGCCAGGAGACCUGGGAACGCCUCUUCAUCACCACCACCAGCCAGCGGCACGUAGACAUCUUCCCCCGUGAGAACCUUGUCUACCUCACUGCCGAUUCUCCAAACGUUCUCCGGACCUUCGACCACAACAAGGUGUACAUCAUAGGAGCCUUUGUGGACCGUUCUGCCCAGUCCGGAGUCUCCCUGGCCAACGCCAAGCGCCUCAAGCUGGCCACUGCUCGUCUGCCUCUGAAUGAGCACCUGCAAUGGGACUGCGGAGCCAAGAACCUCACCCUGGACCAGAUGAUCCAGAUCCUGAUAACAAUCAAGGAGACCGGCAGCUGGGAGAAGGCUCUGGAGUUCGUGCCCAUAAGGAAGCACGGUGGCUUCUACGAGCAAAAAACUGAGAACAGUGUUCCUGAUGUUACAAGUGCUCCAUAUACAGCACCAUUCAGAGCAACAGCAACCACAUACAGCGGGUCUCAGAGAGAUCGAGCCCCACUAUUCGUGAGCAAAAGGAGGAUAAGGAAUCAGACAGAAGAGAAACCAGCGUUUAAAUCAGAGCAGAUGUUUGGACAGACCAGAUUACGGACUGGACUAAAAAGCAAAAUAGAGGAACACAGUAGAGCUAUGAGGGAAAAGAAGAAGUGGUCGAAAAGAACAUAAACUUUUGACUCUGAGACCAAAGACUUGCUGUUGUGUAUAGCUUAAUAAUGAAAAUAAUGGAAUGUAUCAGUUGAAUAAAAAUUAAUUUGGCAGUAAAUUUGUUAUUGUCUAACUAUCGGUAAACCUUCAAAAGAAAUUUCAUUGAGUGUUACAUUUGUACAGAGGUAUAGAUAAAGUUUGAAAUGUGUUUAACAGUGGUCACACUAUAAAUGUAGCCAGUUUGUUUACUGUCUCAAAUGACCAGUGAGUCCGUGCCUUUAGAGCUUAAAAGCUGACAUAUGCAUUUGAAUAUUAUUAUUUUUUUUUUAAAUAAAAUUUACAUGAAUAAUCUUGCAA